CCACUGCAGUUGAACGACACCAUCCGUUGCGUCCUCGAUUCCCACCAACAACGUCUCGUCGUCCUUGUCUACUGCGACCGUUACAAUCAUGGCUUCGUUUUCCACCGAGUCGCCUUUGGCGAUGCUGCGCGACAAUGCCAUUUAUUCGAGCCUUUCCGAUGCCUUCAACGCCUUCCAGGAAAGGAGGAAACAGUUCGGUCUUUCCAACCCCGGCACGAUCGAGACCAUCGCCCGCGAGGUCCAACGCGAUACUCUCCUCACCAACUACAUGUUCUCUGGCCUCCGCGCCGACGUCACCAAGGCUUUCAGCCUCGCCCCUCUCUUCCAAGUUUCCCACCAGUUUGCCAUGGGUGAGAGGUUGAACCCUUAUGCCUUUGCUGCUCUCUACGGAACCAACCAGAUCUUCGCUCAGGGUAACCUGGACAACGAGGGCGCUCUCUCGACAAGAUUCAACUACAGAUGGGGCGAUAGGACCAUCACCAAGACGCAGUUCUCGAUUGGUGGCGGCCAGGAUAUGGCCCAGUUUGAGCAUGAACACCUUGGCGACGACUUCAGUGCCUCCAUCAAGGCCAUCAACCCCUCUUUCCUUGACGGCGGUCUCACCGGUAUUUUUGUCGGCGACUACCUCCAGGCCGUCACUCCCAGACUCGGCCUCGGUCUCCAGGCCGUCUGGCAACGUCAGGGUCUCACUCAGGGCCCCGACACCGCUAUCUCCUACUUUGCCCGCUACAAGGCCGGUGACUGGGUUGCUAGCGCUCAGCUCCAGGCUCAGGGUGCUCUCAACACUUCCUUCUGGAAGAAGCUGACGGAUAGGGUCCAGGCUGGUGUUGACAUGACCCUAUCUGUUGCUCCCUCUCAGAGCAUGAUGGGUGGUCUUACCAAGGAAGGCAUCACCACCUUUGGUGCCAAGUACGACUUCAGAAUGUCCACCUUCAGGGCUCAGAUCGACUCCAAGGGCAAGCUCAGCUGCUUGCUCGAGAAGCGUCUUGGUGCCGCCCCCGUUACUCUGACCUUUGCUGCUGAUGUUGACCACGUCACUCAACAAGCCAAGCUCGGCAUGUCCGUCUCCAUUGAGGCAUCUGAUGUCGAUCUCCAGGAGCAGCAAGAGGGUGCCCAGUCCCUCAACAUCCCCUUUUAAACUGGAAUAUGUAUAUCGGGGAUGAAGAACACUGGUCGAUUGGGCCAGCAUUUGGUUUCCGCUCCACCCUUGCACUCUACUCAUUGUGUUGACAACGUAAUCUAAUCACACACGAUGCCCACCUUGUACCAAGGAACAGAAAGGGUGAGGGUCAUAGCUUUUCACCGUCCCUCACUACCAACGCCAUUUCUGCUUUUGACCACAUUCUUAUCACAUCAUCUAGUACAAGCUGGUCACGGCGAGUUGCCGUGGGGAAAAUCGAAAGUCGGACGUUGCGAACCUCCCCAUCGCAAUGAUCCCACAUGACUUGGGUCUUUGCAUACGAGUUUUACGGAACGAUAGACAUCUCUCACCACAUUUUCCACUUUAAAAAAGAAACUUCCUCUCGCGCUAUGCAUCUCAUCACCCGGCGCUUUUAUCUAUGGUUUUUCCCUUGGGAGAGCAAACAUGAGGGGAGAAGACUUUUUUGUGUAUUAUAGACAGGUCAAUCAGGGAAGGGCGUGUGCAUUGUUUCUAGGUCUGCGCAUUCUCGAGGUUGGCUAAAACUUUGGGGACGGGCAGUACGUUUGUGUCAUGAAUAUGAAGAAGGUUUACGGACG